AUGAACAUGGACCAGAGAAAGCAAAGGAGAGAGUUGUCUGAAGAGAUCAGAAUAAUAGACAAGCAUGGUAAAGGUAAAGGCUACAAGACCAUCUCCAAGCAGCUUGCUGUUCCUGUGACAACAUUUGCAAAUAUUAAGAAGUUUAAGGUCCAUGGAACUGUAGCCAACCUCCCUGGGCAUGGCCACAAGAGGAAAAUCGACCCCAGAUUGAACAGAAGGAUAGUGCGAAUGGUAGAAAAAGAACCAAGGAUAACUGCCAAAGAGAUGCAAGCUGAACUCCAAGGUGAAGAACAAGACAUCCACAGAGACAAGACUUUAAAGAUGAGCUGCUUUUCCAAGAAAGAAGGUGACAGUCUGCUGCCUGCAGAAGAAAAUCCAGAGCUGAGGAUCGUCCUGCUCGGGAUGGUCGGAGUUGGGAAGAGUUUUUCAGGAAACACCAUCCUGGGCAAUGACCUAUUCCACUCAAAGCGCAGUCUAUCUGCUGUCACAGAGAAGUGCCAGAAGGAAAUGAGGAAAAUUAACAACCAAAAUGUGGUUGUUGUUGAUACUCCUGGUCUGUUAAACAUUGACCAAACAGAAGAGGAGAUUAUGAGAGAGAUCAAGAAAUCCAUCAAUCUUGCUGAACCUGGUCCUCACGUGUUCCUGAUUGUGCUGAGUGUGAAAGAAAGAUACACAAAGAAAGAAGAAGAGAUGGUGAAAAGCAUUCACGAUACUUUUGGCAAAAACACAAUGGAUUACACUAUGGUGUUAUUCACCAAUGGAGAAGAAGGUACCAAGAUAGAGGACUUUUUUUCUGGCAAUAAAAAUCUCCACGAGCUAAUCAAGAAGUGCAAGUAUGGAUACCAUCUUCUUGACAGUCGUCCCGAACAGGUCCCGGAGCUACUGAAGAAGAUCACCGAUAAGGUUCAGGCUGCAGAAGGAAGAUACUACACCGCUGAGAUGCUCCAAGAGGCUGAAACUGCCUUAAAGACGGUCCACUGAAAACCUCCAAUGGACAUUGAAACGACGACGGAGCCUUGAUGGAGUCGUGGUGCAGCCUGAUCCUGUAGACAUAAUGUGUUACUGUUCUGA